CUCAGCCCUGCAAGUCCAUCUGUGACAGGACCGCAUCCCAAAAGCUUCCAAAUGGCCUCCUUUCUUCUCUCUCCCAAUUUUCACUCCUUAUUCAUCCUGAGAAUGUUUCUGUCUCUGUGAUAUGAAAAUCAAUAAUCAGGAAACAGAGAGGAGAAAGGAAGCCAUGUCAGACUGUCGGAGCGGAGCUCAUAUGUGUCAGCACAUGAUGUCAAUAAUGUUCUGCUGUGAUUUGACCCCUGACCUCUAACACUGACCCCCCCUCUUGCCUGCCCUCCUCCGGACUCUCAACACAGUGAAGUGACCCAAGAAGUAAUCAAUCAGACUCAGUAAGACCAAGGUACACAAGUUCCGAUUGCUUUAACAAUGAGCUGUGCUGGGUUGCAGACUGUGUUUGCAGAUGCCUUCUAACUCUCAAACAGUAUCACAAACUGACCUUGGAAUUUAGCACUUCUUCAAGUUCAAACUAACUCUGAUGAAAAUCAUCCAAAAACAACAAGUGCCUCUGUAUAUGACAUGCCUACAGGGGCGUCAGCAACUUUUUUUUCCUGUUUACUAAUAUUAGAAACUUUCUAUGGCGUACUAACAUUAGUUUAAUACAGACUUCAGAUUUCCACUUUUACCAAAUAUCUCAACAACAAUCCACACCUGUAUUAAGCAGUCAAAGAAAUGCACUUUGUCAAGAGUUGAUGGUACUUUCAAGUCUGCAAGUUGAAUGCCAUGCUGCAGCCAGUUAGCUUAGCGUAGCAUAGACUGGACACAGACUGGCUGUAGCUUCAUAUUUACUGUACAGACACGAGAGCUGUACCAAACUUAUCGGUGAAUAAGAGUAUUUCUCCAAAGCUUUUCUUUCAAAGGUGCUGUAUACGACAUUCAGAACAUUAAUACAGCAGCAAACAACUAUUUGCUUUGGAAAGAUACAGUGUAGUAAUGGUGUCCUGAGCAGCGAAGUCACACUACCUCUGUGUGUGUUGUAUCUGAGCCUCUCUGUUCUUUCUGGUGGUAGAUGGUCCAGCUGUGCGUGCAUGUCAGUGCAUGAGACCCUGUGUGUUGUAUCCCACUGACUAGCUAGUCACCACCGCUCUGCACUGCGUUCAUACAGAGAGGAAGACCCUCCUGUUACGCUGUCUACAGUGGGACCUCAUUUCAGAAAAAAUAUGUAGCCUUCAGUAGUCAGUGGUGAGACACAUAAUUUUGCAACUCAAGAAAGUGGCAGUUUUAGUUGUGUGUGAAACCGUGAACAUCAUCUCUCAUCUCACACCAUAUAUGACACCUACACCAGCUAGCAGUAGAUAUGUUCCACACACAUGUAACAUUAUUUUGUCUGAUAUGUUUUACACAGCGGUUCCUGGUCUUUUUAUCAGUUGAGAAGCGAAAGAACCAGUAAGACCCGCUCCUCUUGUGAGUUCAUCCUGCUGGUACGAAACGCACAGGCUUUGUAGCUUCAGUAAGAGAGAAAGCUAUGACAUCAUUUAUGCAAUUUGACUUCGUUCUAAUCACUGUGUUAUACUUCAACAGUUUUACAACAAACUGCGACUUUAUUGACUUGCAAAAUUAACUUUUGAACUGACAAUCAUCAUAUGUGUAAUUCAUGGCACGAUUCAAACAGGAUCAAAAAAUUAACUGAGGGGUGUCGGUGGCUUAGUGCUUAGAGCAGGCGCCCCAUAUACAAAGGCUCAGUCCUUGCCGCAGCGGCUGUGGGUUCGCUUCCAGCCUGUAGCCCUUUGCUGCAUGUCGCUCCCUCUGUCUCUCCCCCAUUUCAAGCUAGUCUGUCCUAUCAUUAAAGGCCUGAAAAGCCCAAAAAAAUAAUCUUUAAAAAAUAUUAACUGAAAGAAGUCCCGGGCUGGUCCACUGGAAGGGGAGUGACUUCGCCUCUCUACACAGUGGUUACAGCUGGUAACUUUGCGUACGUGUAGCAGCAGUGGAAUCGCUUACCACAAAGACUUGAAACAGACUGGUCGUACCUUCAUAUUUAUCAUACAGACAUGACAACAGUAUUAAUCUUAUCUCACUGUAAGAAGGCAAAUAAGUGUAUUUUCCAACAUAUGGAUCUGUUCCUUUGAGGCAUUUAACUCUCAAGCCAGAUAACUAAUUGGAACAGUGAAUGGGUGAAUUAAUUUAUCUUACAUUGUGAACUCUUAUCCAUCUUGAACAUUGAAUUAUGAAACAUGUUUUAAUGGAAAAUAUCCAAUAUCAUGUGCGUUUGGUACACAACACAACCUGCUCCUCCAUCCCUCAUCCUGAGUGUGACUCGCUGUAUGUAGCAAUGACAUCCAUUACACCAGCUAUUGAAGGGCACGAUUAAGGAUUGAUUGCCUAAACAAAACAGUCCCCUGUGUCUUAUGUGAAGUGUACACACUGCUGUUCUCUCCGCGCUAAAGGACUAACGAUCCAUCACAGUGUUUACCAAACACACCUAACACUUGUGGCCUCAGAUAACGGUUCACAACUCUUCACAGUAGCAGCUACGACCACAUCGCUGUAGGAUGUUCUGCUGACCCGCUACACUUUCAGUGAGGUUUUUAAAAAGGCAUGAGGGUCGGCCCCACAGGAGGACCCAACUCUCAGGUCACAGAGUCUAAUCUCCAACAGUUUGAUCUUCAACUGGAUGUCAAGCAGUAAAUUCUGCACUUCGUAAUGUGACAUGUUUUUGUAAGGACUUUUUCCGGAGUGAAAAACAGACCUUGUAUCUGGACAAGAGUGCAUUUCUGUCCAAGGAGCAGAUUUAUUCCGCUUAAAAUGAAUUGCUCUCUGAGGGGCACUUAGAAGUCCACCUUCACUUUAUGUAUUGCUCUCAGGAGAGCACAUAAAAGCAUCCGGCUUAAGAUGAAUUACUGAAGUCGACUUUAAUAAAAAUCUGUUUAUUUGGACCCUGCAAUCAUUCAAUGGUGAAUCUCUUUUUAAAUAAACACACAGUGGUGCAGUAAAGCCUGCCAUAAAGUAAUGUAGGUGUCUGUUUGCUGGAAACAAGGAGACACAAAGAGGCAGAUCCACAGAGGGAACAAAAAACCUGCUGAGUUAUUUUUUGGUCUGUUUUAAGGUUGAGAGCCCCGGGCAUUGUUUCAAACUGAAUGAUUCAUACAGAGAGCAUCACUCAGUCUUGUAUUUGUUUUUUUCUACUAAAUAUAACAGCUUUGGGGAUGUUUUGGCAGGUUAAGAUUCUUUACAACUGAACUCUCAAACGGAUGCUUCUGUUAAAGGUUCAUUAGCUUCCCAGGAGGCCUUACAGUUUUAGCCUUGGUGGCUACAGCCCAUGUACAGUCAUAGAGUACAGCUUUAUUCUGAGGACUGCAGCCCAGCAUUUGUGCUGAUGUCGAGGAUUUCAGAAAGUAUCAGACGAGACAGGUGACUUUGAGGUGUGUCACUGGAGUUACCAAAGAGAAAAGAUGAAGUGUUGCUGCACAGGAAGGACUAUUUGUUCUUUAAACAACACCUCACACCUUAAAGAAAUACUUCACCCAUAAAAUAACCAUUUGUACAUCAGUAAGUCAUGUUGCACUGCCUUGAAUAUGUAAAGAACUUUGUUUUCACACACCUCCAUGGAAAAAAGCAUAAAUAUAGAUUUAUUGUCUGAUUGGGGGCCACAUUUAACAACAGUAAUAAUAUUGUGCAUAGCGUGAGUUCAGGCAGGACAUGAUCUCAAGCUCAGCUCACAUCCCAGCUACAUCAGCUGAUCUCAGACAGCCCAAUCAACUGAUGGAGCAGCUGAUUGAUCACAUGAUUCCUCUCUAUGCAACCAAUUGGUUAAUCUCAUUCAGGGCGCCCUAUUUAAAUUGCUCUGGCCUGCCUACUGUUGCUGCUUUCUCUGCAAGCCUCUUUGCAACCUGCCUCCACCCCAGCUCCUCCUUUUCAUGCUGUGUCUGACUUAUCAGUGUAAUUUCUGUUUGUCAUUGAUGCUGCUCUGUUCUGUUCCUGGGGGGUCUUUGCUCCUGCUCUCCCUGCCUAAGGCUUUCCAUGUAGGUGCAUGGAAGGGCAGGAAGGUUUGCCUCUCUGCCUUAGGCUUUCCAUGUAGGCGCAUGGAAGAGCAAGGAGGUUUGCUUCCUCUGCCUCAGGCUUUCCUCAUUUACAUGUGGAAGGGCAGACAGGUGUGCUCUCUCUGCCUUAUGGCUUUCCACGCAGGUGCAUGGAAGGGCAGGAAGGUUUGCCUCUUUGCCUUAGGCUUUCCAUGUAGGCGCAUGGAAGAGCAAGGAGGUUUGCUUCCUCUGCCUCAGGCUUUCCUCAUUUACAUGUGGAAGGGCAGACAGGUGUGCUCUCUCUGCCUUAUGGCUUUCCACGCAGGUGCGUCGAAGGGCAGAGAAGUGUGCUCUUUCCACGUAGGGGCAUGGAAGAGGCUUUCUGCGUAGGCCUGAGGAAAGGCAGAGAGGCCCCAGAACAGAGCCAUACCGUCAAAUAUAGUACUGCAAAUGGAAAUAAAGUUUCCUUUGACUAAAGUGUUCCUGACUGAACUAUAUCAAAACAUCUGUUAACAAACUCUGUACUUCCCGAACACAUGAAUUUUCACUAAUAGACCUUAUUGGAGUCUGGCUUGAGUUAUGUGCGAGUUUGUUAACAGAUAUUUUGAUAUAGUUCUGCUGUUGUUAAAUGUGGCUCCCAAUCAGUCAAUAAACCAAUACAUUUUCCAUCAAAGUGCUUUUCAGGAAUUCAGUGUAACAUGCCAUGACUAAUGAUAAACAAAUGGUCAUUUUUUUGGGUGAAAUAUUCCUUUAGGUGGAUGAGCGUACUCAUCGUGCACAUUUGUCAUGAGUGACAGGAACAAUGAUAAUGUGUCCAAUAUUAACAGCAAGACAUGAUGCUAUACCAACUGCUGAGCUCAAAACUGGUACUAGGUUGCCACCUGCUGGUAAAGACAGAGAAAUGUCUGUCAGUGAAACAUACUGUGUUAUUGGCCAAUAUAUUUAAAUCAUGAGAAGAAUGUAAACAGCACACAUUUGGCCCAUUUUAGUAACAUAACAGGUAAGCAACAGAGGAAUAUUUAUGGAGCAUUUAAAGGACAAAUUAUAAUUUCAAGGCACAUUUUUACCCCAUUGUAAAAUGACACUAAUUUGGGGCAGAUUUCAUAAUGCAUUGAAAUUUACCAUCAUUUUCCAAAUUGCAGGCUUUUUUGUUUUCAUGGUGCUGUUGCCGCGGGCUAAUUUAGACACAUAAGUCAUGUUAAUUCAACGGCUCAAACAGCUGCCUCUUUAAUGGACUUCUUAAGUGACGAGCUUGUUUAUAAAAGCUGCAACUUUGUUUACAGCAUCACUGGCAAAUGCCUGGCUUGUUGUCUUGCAGCCAAAAGCUUAGGACGCUGUUAAAAGCGUGUUUGUUUUGAAGAAAUUACUCAUCGUCUCGUUCCCUUCCCUCACUGAGAUGAUUUUAUGUUAAACUGAUUUUAAUUUGUUGCAGUAUGUUGGGAUUAACAUUUUGGUUUUUUUAUUGCUCACUAUACCCACGACCACCUCUGCCUUCACUCACACCCUCAACUACAUCACCCACAUGUCUCCCCCCCUCCCCUCACCCACCCACCCAGACUCAGACAGCCUCUCCAGCCCCACCCGCCACAGCCUCAGCCUGUCAGACGGCUCAGAGGAUCAGCUGGACCGCCUCCAGCAGGUGGAGCUGGCCAGGACGACACCCAUGUCCCAGUGGAGGGCAGGCACUGUGCAGGCCUGGCUGGAGGUGGUCAUGGCGAUGCCCAUGUACAUCCGCACCUGCUCAGAAAAUGUCAAGAGUGGAAAGGUGUUACUUGGGCUAACUGAUGAAGACCUGGAGCUGGGUUUAGGUGUCAGCAGUUUAAUGCAUCGCCGGAAACUCCGCCUGGCCAUAGAGGAUUACAGAGAUGCUGAGAAUGGUAGAGGGCUGUCCAAGGCUGCAGACAUGGACCACCACUGGGUGGCCAAGGCCUGGUUAAGUGACGUGGGCUUGCCUCAGUACUCCCAGGCCUUUCAUAACCACUUGAUAGACGGCCGCCUGCUGAACUCCCUGACGCGCCGUGACCUUGAACGUCACCUCAACAUCACCAAGAAGUUCCACCAGGUCAGCCUGCUGCUGGGCAUCGAACUGCUGCACUUACUGAAUUUCGACAAGGAGGCACUGCAGGCUCGCCGGGUACAGUGUGAGCACCAGAACGUGGAUCCGUUGGUAUGGACCUCUCAUCGGGUCAUCAAAUGGGUCAAAGAUAUUGACCUGAAGGAGUUCGCUGAAAGUCUUCAAAGCAGUGGAGUUCAUGGUGCUGUCAUGGUGCUUGACCCCACUUUUAACACUGACUCCAUGGCAACAGCACUGGGGAUCCCUAGCAACAAGCACAUGGUUCGCCGACACCUUGUUGAGGAGAUGAAAACCCUGAUUGGCCCAGCCAGGGCUGAUGCCAAACAGGACUACGAGCAUCUCGGCCUGGGAACACCACCAACCCUCCUUCGCCAGAACUCCCUGGGCAGGCCGCCCAGCUCCACCAGCCGACACACUGAUGACGAAGGCUCAUUGAGGAGGAGGGCUGUCAAGCCUCCGACUGGGUUCAGCCCCAAAGCUCGCAAUGGGCGAGACUUGAGUUGCCAUAGCAGCUGUGGCUCCCUGCCUCGAGAGGUUCGAGACCAGACACCACCUCGAGCCGAGGGAAGCCCGAUCCACGGCUACACCAGCAUCGAGGUCACUAACGUGUGAGGUCAUCAUAGUGUGACGAAACACCAGCCAUCAGCUUCAUCACAGCUAAAGCUACAUUAUGGACAUUUGUCAUGUGCGCCUGAACAUGGGACGGUUAUUUUUUCUAAAGAUGAGAAUUUACAGAUUGCACUUUUUAAAUGGGACAGGAUGCUAUUUUUACAAGUUUCCUGCUAUAAGAAAAAAAAAUAAUGACUCAUUUUGGGCAGGUGGUACUUUAAUGUUUUGAGGGCAGUAAUUUCCCUUCCUGAACGACAGAAGGACUCAAGCUAAAUUAUUAUUUUUCUAUUUUUUUUGUGUGUGUAAAUGGUAUUUUGUGAAUCGGGAUGUGACUUGGCAAUUUGGCACUUUGUUGACUGGUUGCUGUCGAGUGUUUCUCCGAGGGAUAUGAGAUUUAAAAAAAACAAGACUGUUUGUAUAAUACAGGGUACUUAAUGACUAAAUGAAAAAAAAAAGUUUCGUAUCAGUGUAAAUUGUUCUCGUUUCAUUCAGUUCUGCUGUUUGUGAUGCCUUGUCGAUGUAGCCGGGGACAGUGGACAAGAAAAAAAAAAAAAGAGACUUGAAUUGAAUUUUAAAUUCUAGAGUUUAUGUUUGAUAGUCAUUUUUCAUCUUGCACAUUUACACACUUGUGUCUAAACAAAUGUAGCACCCUCUUCUGAUGUUUUAUACUGUGCAGUAAACAUGGAAACAUAUUUGAACAAUGCCAAGAAAAGAUGACUGCAGAGCUGUAUGUCCAUAGAAGCCUACAGGCUGAAAGCUGUGAGGAUGCAUCUAUGUGAAAAUGAAAGAGUUCCUUUUCAUGAAAUAAAGAUGACAUCUCAAAUUUAACAGUCCUGUUGCACCCAUCUUCAGCACAAAGUCAAAUUUACAACAAAUCACAGUAACAAUGGAUAAAAUUACCACAUGUAAUGUGGUAAUAUGUCACAGUUAUAAGUCAACUCUGUAGCUCUAUGCAGCCUUUUAGCCUCUUUUAGUUUAUUGUUUUGGUUUAAU